CAAGAUCUCCCACUCUGUUUCAAGAGUGAAAGGACUUGGAAGAAUGGCACAUGUUAGAUUUUGUGCGUUUAUAUUAAAGAUUUAAUGUAUCGUAUGUUUUUAUUGUUAGCAGCGGUAUCCGAGCGGCGUGGGCGGCGUGGGCGGCGCGGGCGGCGCGGGCGGCGGCGGGGAAGAAGAAGGCGUGCUGGACCUGCGCGCGCGCGAGCCGUCCGUCAUAUCCGUCGGCUCGCAACACUCUGGCGCCUCCGAGCCCGCCGGGUACCUGGACGCCGUCAGAUCGACCGUUUCCGUAUACUCGGGCAACUCGAACAGCAGUUCUGACCGGGACAUACUGGACCUGUCGAUGCCGGACAAGAACUCGAUGACGGAGGUGUGCUACGUGUGCGGGGACGAGUACAAGCGCGGCACGCUCUACAACCUGCACACCAAGGAGCCAAAGGACAAGGCGAACAAGCAGGCGUACUUCCCGAUAUUCGGCGAGCAGCACCCGCGGCCGCCGCGCUCGCGGCCCAAGGACGCGCAGGGCACCGUGCGCGCCUGCGCCGCCUGCCACCACCACCUGCUGCAGCAGUGGAACGCCUACCAGAUGCGCGGCGUGCCGGCCGGCGAGCGCAUGUACACGCUGCGCACGCGGCCGCCGUCGCUGCUGCCGCCGUCGCCGCUCAGCCUGGCCUCGUCGGGCGACAAGUCGCUGGCCGCCGCCACGCACUCGCCGUCGCUGGAGCGGCUGGAGCGGCUGGAGCGGCUGGAGCGGCCCGCCAGCCAGCCGGCCGCGCACGCCGCCACGGCCAGCUUCGUGUGCUACGUGUGCGGCGUGCCCGCGCCCAGCUCGCAGCUGCGCCUCGUCUACUGCUGCCCCAACCCGGAGCGCGAGCCCUACUACCCCUUCAUCACCUCGCUCAAGCCGCAUCCGGACGCCAGCCCGAUCAGUCCGCAAGGCAUGGUGCAGAUAUGUGCGUCGUGUUAUAAAAGUAUACCUCACAAGUACCCCGCGUACGGGGAGAACGGGGAAACGAACACAACACACAACAACUCGCAUACCAACAAUAUUAGGUUUAAGCCAUAUGAUAUAAAAUCUAGUAGUUCAAGUCAAUCAAAUAAAAGGCCCUCGAACGCCCUCUCGAGUAGUCCACAAAGUCAAAUUGUGUCCGGCGAGAAUGGGCUAGGACAAUUUAGGUGCUACGUGUGCGCGGGGCUGUGUCCGCCGCACGCGAUGGAGUGGCUGUCCACCACCGCCGAGUACAUGAACUCGCACGCCAUGCACUUCCCGUGCCUGGCGGGCGCGGGGGCGGGGGCGGGGGCGGGCGCGGGGGCGGGGGCGGGGCGCGGCGGGCGCGUGCUGGCGUGCAGCCGCUGCGUGCGGCACCUGGCGCGCCAGUGGGAGCUCAUGGACGCCGAGCGGGUGCCGCUCGAGCACAGGAGAUACAACAUUCCGUCGCCGCUGCCGUCCAACUCCAGCGCGAACGGCGAGCGCGUCAUCCCCACCCCGCCCUCCACCACCUCCGAGCGGACCGUCGCCAGCAACAGCGCGUGUACGUCGAUCUACUGUUUCCUGUGCGGUCUACAUUCGGACUUCACGUUGGCGCGAGUGCUGUACGGCCAGCCGCAGGGCAACGCGCCAUACUUCCCCUGUCUACUCACACACCAGAGUCAUCCAAACGCAGAGCAGUUGAGAGAGAACGGUUCAGCGCUAGUGUGCACUUUCUGUUACCACUCGCUGCUCAGCCAAUGGAGGCGAUACGAGUCGAUGGGCGGGUACCCGCCGGAGCGGCGCGCGUACAACACGCACGACUACCACUGCCAUCUGUGCGGCAUCAAGACGUACAGGAAGCGGGUGCGCGCGCUGCCCAUCAAGGAGUUUCCAUUUUUAGUGCAAAGGCGGACUGAAAAUUCAUUAUUAUUAGAAAAUGGCGAUUACGCCGUAGUAUGUUUAGAUUGUUACGAAAGUUUAAGGACGCAGGCGACGGACUACGAGCGGCGCGGCGUGCCCGUGGACAAGCGCGAGUACAACUGGCUGCAGCAGCCGCCGCCGCCGGAGGACUCCGCCGACGUCACCAUCGCGCGCCUGCCCUCCGGGGACCGCUCCGACAAGCUGAUACCGCAGUCGCUGGUGUUGCCGCGGAGUUCGUCAAAGAGGAAUAGUCCCAAACAAGCUGCGCUCACUGAACGACGGAUGCCCAACAAGAUAGACAAACCAGACACAGGUGCGAGCGCGAACAAGAUCGCCAAGCGAACGGAGCUCGCGCCGAACAAGGGCGGUCCGUUCGCGGCGGCGCUGCGGACGCUCGCCAAGAACGCCGGCCCCGAAGCGAAGGACGGAGCAGCUGCCGGCGGCGAGCACAAGGACAAGCCGGCGGCCGCCAAGCGCGCCUCCCCCCACCACCUGCCCGCCAGCGGGUUCCAGCCGUACAGGCCCGACGACAGGUGAAUAGCUACACUGCUCUAUACAUAGUUACUUUCUGGCU